AUGUCUAGCAAUCAACACUCCUCUGGCAAGGAGACCAAAACACAUUACGAUCAAGAUAAACACGAUAAAGAUCACUCAUCCUCAUCAUCCUUAUCAUUCGCGAAAGAAGUUUCCGAGGACCCAAAGCCUAUUGCAGGCAAGGAUAUAGAGUUAGGACCGCUUCAUGAUUAUAACGACAUUGUUUCCCAUCACAGUCAAGGUGACAGAUUGUCAAGAAUUGAAAGCAGUCCAGUAUUGUCACGCCAGUUGACGAGAAAAAUGAUGAACAUGCCCGAAUUAGCUGAAGCUGCUUAUGAUGAAGAUGUCGCUCUUGCAUGGGGUGACAAACGAGCCUUUCCACCGCCACUCCCAAAUAAAGAUGCUUAUUGUGUCACAUUUACUGGACCAAAUGAUCCAUACAACCCACGCAACUAUUCAACUUCAAAAAAAUUUCUUUAUUGUUUUACUGCUGGCUAUUCGGCAUUGUAUGUGUCGCUAGGCUCUGCCUAUUUCUCGCAAGGAAAUGAGGAAGUUAUGAAUAAAUUUCACGUUGGACAGACGGUAGCAGCAUUGGCCACCUCACUUUAUGUGUUUGGAUUUGCCUUGGGACCAAUCAUUUAUGGCCCAUUGUCGGAGUUGUACGGUAGGAAGCCAAUUAUGGUGGUGUCUAGCUUUGGGUAUACAGUGUUUUUGUUUGCUGUUGCAACGGCAAAGGACUUGCAAACGAUAAUGUUGUGUCGUUUCUUUGCGGGAUUUAUCGGUAGUGGCCCAUUUCCUCUUGCACCAGCAAUAAUGGUUGACUUGUUGGAUGAUAGACCGAGAAGUGUUGCCGUUAAUGUUUUUGUAGGUACAAUUUUUGUUGGACCAAUGCUAGCACCCAUACUCGGUGGUUUCACUACAAAAAAUAGUGCAUUAGGAUGGAGAUGGAACUCGUACUUUUCUGCCCUUGUUGGCUGCCUUGCAUUGAUACUCAAUGUAUUUUGUUUGAAAGAGACACAUCAUCCUCUCAUCUUGGCAAAGAGAGCAGAAUACUUGAGAAGAAAGACUGGUAACUGGGGUAUCUUUGCUCCUCAGGAGGAGCUUAGACUAAGCUUGAAAGAGAUUGCUAGAAAUAACCUUUUGCGACCAUUGCAAUUGCUUUUCUUAGAGCCGAUCGUGUUUCUUGUUAGUCUUUACAAUGCAUUCAUGUAUGCAAUGUUGUACUCAUUUUUGACGGUGAUUCCGCUCAUUUUCGGUGGCAGAUACGGUUGGUCCCAAGGUGUUGCUGAACUACCGUACAUAUCUAUGAUGCUUGGCGUUGCAUUUGCUGGUUUAUGUAUCAUCUUAUACGAGAAGAACUAUAAUCACAAGUUGGACACUACGGGGAAAAAAUGGACUCCUGAAUCAAGAUUACCUCCAAUCAUGGUGGGUGGUUUUGUUUUCGUUAUUGGAAUAUUUUGGUUAGGCUGGACCGGAGACUAUCCUAAUCAUGUGCAUUGGAUUGUGCCUGUCAUUGGAGAGUUUUUUGUUGGAGUUGGAUUGAUUUUGAUCUUUUUGCCAACCUUAAACUACUUGAUUGAUUGUUAUGUACAUGUGCCUGCAUCGAUUCUAGCAGCAAACACCUUUAUGAGAGCUUCAUUUGGUGCCGCAUUCCCAUUGUUUGAUACACAAAUGUUUACCAAUUUAACCAUCAAAUGGGCAGCCACUUUAGUUGGUUGCUUGGCGGCAUUGAUGAUUCCAGUGCCAUUUUUGUUUUACCGAUACGGAGCUUACGUGAGAAGUAAGUCCAAGUUUGCGUUAAAGUAG